CAGGCGCAGUCUUGCGGCAGAUUUCCGUAGGAGAGAAAGAUCAAUGGGUGGUCAGAGAGUAAGAUGGCGGACUGCGAAUCGGAGGUGCAGCGCUUGCCAGCCGCGAACGAAGACGUAACGAGAAACGCGAAUGUAACAAUGAUUACCAACGGACGUGUGCCUCAACAUCCGGUAAACCAAACAAAUCCUAUCGGACAAGGACCGAGACGCGUCACUAUUUACAAAACCGAAACUGGUUUUGGGUUCAAUGUACGCGGUCAGGUCAGCGAGGGUGGACAACUACGAAGCAUCAACGGGGAACUGUACGCGCCGCUUCAGCAUGUCAGCGCCGUAUUACCUCGAGGUGCUGCCGAAAAAGCCGGCGUACGAAAAGGCGAUCGUAUAUUAGAAGUAAACAGUGUGAACGUCGAGGGAGCAACUCACAAACAGGUGGUGGAUUUGAUAAAGUCGGGGGGCGACGUGUUGACGUUGACUGUCAUCUCCGUUACGCCGCAAGAGGCGGAGAAGCUCGAACCGUUCGAGGACUUGAGUUAUGCAUCGGUGGACUACAGCGAGAAACGGUCCCUGCCUAUCAGCGUGCCUGAUUAUCACGUUCGUGAGAGGAAGCACGAACGUUAUGUCGUUUUCAACGUUCACAUGGCGGGCAGACAUCUGUGCUCCCGUCGUUACAGGGAAUUCGCCGCUUUGCACAUGGCUCUCAAGAAAGAAUUUAUCGGAUUCAACUUUCCCAAAUUACCGGGAAAAUGGCCAUUCCAAUUGAGCGAGCUGCAACUCGACGCGAGAAGGCGCGGUUUAGAGCAAUAUUUGGAAAAGGUUUGUGCGGUAAGGGUAAUUGCCGAAAGCGAUAUCAUGCAAGAAUUCUUGGCUGAUAGACUCGAGGAAGAUGGCGACCAAGGGCCGGCGGUCGAUUUAAAAGUACUGUUGCCGGAUCGCGAGGUUGUUACUGUUACAGUUGCUAAAGCGGCCUCUGUAAGUGAUGUAUACGAUGCGGUUUGCAGCAGAGUGGGAUUGGAUGCGGAAACGGCGAAAUACUUUUAUCUUUUCGAGAUCGUCGAAUAUAAUUUCGAAAGGAAACUGCAACCCCAUGAACAUCCUCAUACUUUGUACGUUCAAAAUUACUCGACCGCCAGUGUGACGUGUUUAGCAAUAAGAAGGUGGCUUUUUAAUUUAAAUAGACCGCUCAGCGAGCAAGCGUUAACUUGGAUAUUCUGGCAAACGGUGGACGAAGUGAACAGGGGGCAUAUCACAGCAGGAGAAAGAUUAUACCAGUUAAAAGCGUUACAAGACGCGUCGAGGAAACACGAAUAUCUAAAGUUGGCUAGGGAAUUAAGCGGUUAUGGUGAUAUCGUGUUCCCUCACUGCGCAUGCGAUUCGCGAAAGGAAGGACACGUUGUGCCCGCCGUGGGGGCGCCAGCGUUUAAGCUGCACGCGGCGAAGGAAGAUGGCACUUUGGAAUCUCAAGUUGUUGAAUUUCAAUGGAACACUAUUACACGAUGGGAGGUGGACGAGGAAGGGAUGGCGUUCUGCUUUCAAUAUACACGUCAGGAUAACCGUCCACCGCGUUGGCUCAAGCUUUUCACACCUUAUUACACGUUCCUGUCGGAUUGUUUCGAUCGAAUAGCCGAGGAGGGGAAAUGGGAUGAUCCAGGGGAAUGAGGAAACGUUCGGCGUUAAAAAGAAGAAGAAGAAAAAGAUAAAGAUAAAAAAAUAAAAAACAUAUUCGGUGCAUAAUAAUAGCAAAAGGUAUCGUUUCUCAUCGAGGUCAUCGCUUCAUUUGUCCGGCAAGGACUUUUCGAUUAGGAUUAAUUUUUUUUUUUUUUUUUUAAUGGCGAUUUGAAAAUCAAUGAGACAGCUCUGAUCGUAAUCUCGCUUUGUCGACAGCCUAUCAACGAUACGUAUUAUUAUACAUGUUGUUUUUAGUAUGAUGUUGUGAACACGAUGAUCGAAUAUUAACAAUUUGAAGAAAUAGAAAUUAACGUGAAACACUUGAUGAAACGCUAUUUAUCGGUAGAUUAGAUUUUAUUUAAAGAAAAGGAAAUUAACAAUUAAGAUUACGGCUAAGACACAUUGUUACAUUAUCCUAAUCAUCUGUCCAGAUGAAAUCUAUCUUCUUGGCCUAUCGUAGAGUGUUAUUGAUUAAAAUCUCGAUCGAAGAGAAUCGAACCGGAGUCGUUCCUUUUUUUAAAUAGCCUAAAUAAUAGUUGUCGCCAAUCUUCAUUAGAUUCCAAAUGCAAAUGUAUUCAACUUAACCAACAAGUAUUAUGUAUUUUCAAAUAUCUGUACGUUCUCGUAUUCUGUAAUUUUUUUUUUCUUUUUUUUUUCUUUUUUUUUUCCUCCCCCCUUUCUGAAAUCUUUCAACACUGUCCGUCUUCUUUCUUACAUUAAACAAUUUUAUAAAAAUAUGUAUAUAUAUAUAUAUAUAUAUAUAUAUAUACAUAUUCAUAGUGAAAUAGGUUAUCGCAAUAUCCAUUUCAUGUUAUUCGUGUGGAAAAAGAAAAAAAGAAAAAAAAAAAAGAAAAGAAAUAGAACAGAAAAUAGAGCAGAAAAUAGCACAGAUACUUUUUCCCCGAAGCUAUAUUUUUACUAUUAAAGAUGCAGAAGUAAAUAAAAAACGCAGAAUUGUUCUCUGAUCCGAUCUCGUCCUCGUAAUCGAUAGCAUGUACAAAAACAUGGAUGGAUGGAUGCCAUGUAGAGAUGUGAAGUAUAAAUCGAAACGUUGAUUCUAAACUUUAAAAAAAAAAAGGAAAAAAAAAGAACAAAAAGAAAAGUAAAGAAAAAAAAAUCGUAGCUGUGCUUAGGACAAGAAUUAACUUCGUUAUCCAACGUUAAAAAAUUCGUGAGAAAAAAGAAAGAAAAGAAAAGCGUUCGUUCAAACCUAACCUAAAAAAAAAAAUACAAAGGAUAAAAGACUCGUGGAAAUGUUCAAGGGAAACGAAUUAAUAGGAAGGGUUCGCGAAAUUUGUAGCAAGAGUUGACACCUAACCUAAAAAAAGAUACAAAGGAUAAAAGAAAUGUUCAAGGGAAACGAAUUAAUAGGAAAGAAAAAGAAAGGAACGCCAUAGCGAAAAGAAGAGAGAAAAAGAUAAUACUCACUGACAUUGUUGAAGAAGAGAUACAGAUAAUAAUAAUAAUAUAAUAAUAAUAAUAAUAAUAAUAAUAAUUAUAAUAAAAAAAACGAAACAAUUAUAUAUAUAUAAAUAAUUUUAACGUCUUUAAGAUCGGUUAAUUAAGAAACACUCGAUGAACUCUCAAAAAAAGAAGAAGAAAAGAAAAAAAGCAUCUCGGCCUGUUCGUCGGUGUUGUUGUUCGACCGAAACUGAAAACUGGCGAAUUCUUCGGAACACCUAAGAAUCUUUAUCUCUCUCACACUCCAUAUUUCCUUCUCUCUCUCUCUCUCUCUUAUAUCUUUCUUCCUUUCUCGUCCACGUUUACUUUCGAUCCAUCCACUUCCGAACGGUUUCCGAACGGAUUCGCUCGUAUUCGCGACAAAUUGAAGAGAAGCCUCGGCAGAUAAUAAUAAUAAUAAUACUAAUAAUAAUAAUAAUAAUAAUAAUAAUAACAAUUAUAUAGUGUAUAGAAUGAAUAUAAUUAUCGUUAAUGUUUUUAAACUUUAUUCGAAGCGAGUUGUGCGCCUGCGCGUGUGUGUGAAUUUUUCGAGACGAAAUCGGUUUAUCUUUAAUCGAGGGAGGGAGAGGGGGGGGGGGGAGAGGCAGGAAGGUAGUAACGUUACGUAAAUAGGAUUUAAGCUCAAGUCCUCGAGUUGUUGUAAAAAUAACGAGAAUUUCCUUUACGAUUUGAAGAGAUUUUUUUUUUUCUUGAUAAUGAUGAAGAUUUUAAUUGACGAUGUAGAAUCGAAAGGGGGGAGGAGGGUUAAAUUUCGAUUCGAUCCAGUAUUCGAAAUAUCGUGGGGGGAUAAUUUAUCGUUAUUUUUAUCGUGCAAUUUAAGGCAUCCGAACACCGAAAUUAAUCCGAUCAAAUCAGAUGUACGUGUAAGUGAUGUCUGAGAUAUAGAUCUACUUAAAUAUACAUAUAUAUUUGUUCCGUGUGAUCGAUUGUGAUCGCGAACGGAAAUAUAGGAACGAGGAUCCUCGAUCCUCGUCGUCGAGGGUGAACUAUCGUUCUAUAUUGGGAACUGUGCAAAGUGAUCGAGAAACUGUUAUUGGAAAAAAAAAAAAAAAAAAGAAGAAAGGAAGAAAUUCAUUAUCAUGCAUUGAACGAAGAUAUGAGUUGAACGAAGGUGGACCUUCGGUUGUGUUUUUUUCUUUCUUUCGAGGCUCGUCGACUUGAUUUGUAAACUUCGCCAAUACGAUUUUAUAUUUUUUUCUUGUUUUUCUUACAUAAGUUCUUCUUACACAAGUUUUCCAAAUUGCAAUAACAAUAUUAACUAAUAAUCGUAUUGAGCGAGAAAGAAUGCUAUUAAUUUUUCUUUUUUUUUUUUUUUUCCUAAUCGCCACACGAAGAAUAUCGAACAAGUAUUAAAAAAAAAAAUGCCAUAGACUCUCUCUCUCUCUCUCUCUCUCUCUCUGGCCGAAGGUCGAAUCGAUUGGCAGAAACUGAUAUGUAUUUCUCAUGCCCUUUUCCGAUGUAUUUAAACGAUGAAGUAAUUACAUAAUUAAUUAAUAAAAAAAAGUAAAAGAACCGAGAAUGAAAGAGUUCGAGUUCUUUGUUUUUCUCUCUCUCUCUUCACAGCCACCGUUACUUUCUUAUGCAUAUAUAUAGAUCGAAUUGUACAAGUCUGAUAAUUGUAUGAAGAUAUUCUCCAGAAAAUUGAAAGGAAUUAGUAAGGAUAAAUAUACGUCCAAAUUGUAUCCGAAAUUUAUAUAGCUUUAUAUAUAUGUAUAUAUAUAUAUAUAUAUAAAUUGUUCGUUAAAUUUUUAACUACGUUUGUUACCACUUGCUACACUUUAUUUAUCUUAUAUAUAUAUAUAUACUUCCAUUGUAACUUAAAAAAAAAAAUUAACCGAUUUAUCAACCGAUACGAGUAAUAUUUUUGUAUUGGAAAGAAUUGUGGGUAAGGAGAGAGAUGUAUUUGUUUCCAAGGAAGCGUAAGGUUAAUUAUUAGUUACUUGAUCGAUCGUCACGUUGAGAAGAGAGAGAAGAGAAGAGAAGAGAUGGGAAGGGAGAAAGAGAAAAGAAAGAAAGGAAGGAAGGAAGAAAAGGUCUGUUAAACCGGAGAACGAGUUUAGAUAGUAUAAUUUAAUUAUUAUUGUUACAGUAUAAGACCAUAUCAUUAUAAUUAACUCUUUUUAGGCGUUAAUUAAAACACUAUGUAUUAAUCGUAGCCCGUAAUAACUAAAAAAAAAAUGCUCCGAAACAACAUAUUUCCGAUCAUAUACCUGAUCAGUUCGCGACUUUUCCUGUAAAAAAAAGAAAAAAAGAAAGAAACUGGAUAUAUUUCGGUACACAGCGAAUUGAUACGAUUAUUAUUAUUAUUCGAUUUGUUUUCUCGGUGAUCGUCUUGUUAACGGAACGGAAACAGAAGAAAAAUAAUAAUAAAUAAUAAAAAAAUA